AUGCUGGCCUCUGCAUGCGGAGAAGCGAGCACCGGUGCGGGCACAAAAAAGCCCCUUACCAGCAGCAGCUCGAUGGUUUUCUGUCUUCCACAUAAGAGUGGGAAGAACUACGAGGGACGAAUAUAUAAUGGCAGUCAUGUUUACGUUACCGUGCUGACGCUUUUACCAUGUUCGAUCAACGAUAAGUGA